AUGUCUGGAGAUGUCAAUGUGGAGGAAGAUGAAGUCUUGGAUCCCAGGAUUAAAGAUGAGUUGGAGGCAUUGAACAGUGCUGCUGAUAGUAUCAACAAACUUGAAAAUGAAGUUCAGAGAGCCAGAUCAAAUUUUAGAAUACAAAAAGCCGAAUGUGUAGAGCAUUUAAAUCAACUUGUAAAAAAAAUUGGCAAGAGGUUUAUUAUAAAAGCAAGACCUUACUACGAAUUCCUUAAACAUGUACAAAAGCUUCAGUUAGAAACCCAAAAAGUAACAGCCAAUUAUCAAAAAGCCAACAGUAUUUAUAAAGCAGCCCAAGAAACGGUUACAUUAGCUGAAGAGCGAUUGGUUGGUGAUGAUGGUGACAAACUGGCAUUUGAUGCUGCUUGGCAGGAAAUGCUCAACCAUGCCAACCGAAGGUUCAUGGAAGCAGAAAAUGAAAAAAGAAUAUGUGAGUCUGAACAUCAAAGAUGUUCCAAAGAGUUUGAAUCAAUGCAGCAAAAAUUGGCUUUUAUGCACAAAGACUUAGGCAGAGCCAUUUCCAAAUCAAAGCCUUUCUAUGAAACCAAAAAGAAAUAUGAAAAUAAACUCCAAGCAGAGAGGCAGAAUGCAGAAGACUUACAGCUUGCUUUGAUCUGCUGCAAGCAGAAAUACAAGAUGGCGUUAUCAGGUUUGGAGCGAAUCUCUGAAGAAAUCCACAUGCAGAGGAAGGUCGACUUGUCAGAACGCACCCCUGGAGUUGGAGCUGAGUCUGAUGCUGCCAGUGAUCUCUCUGAUUUGCAGUCUAUUAACUUUGGAGGCAAUCUCAAUGGCCACGUUGGAGAGAAAACAGAUGGUUUUGACAACGUACAUGGCGGUUUUGGCUAUGGAAAACGGAAUGAAGAUGGCAACCGCAUCCUUGAGUUUGCUGAAAGUCACUGGUUUUGUUUACUGAACACAUAUUUUAGAAAGAGGUUGGAACAUCUCAUAACAUACAAAAGUGGACCAUCAGCCAUGCAAAUUGAUUUCUUCGCUGUCAAGCAACAACAUCGAAGGCUAUUCAAAUACGUCAAAGUUAUACCUGGCGAAUCAUAUUUCCUGUCAGAAACGAGUAGUCAGGUGUCAAAAGAUGAUCUGGCAGAUUUUGAUUCAGACUUUGGCUUUGACGAAGAAUGGGGUACUAGUGGGGCAUCUAAAGUCAAGAAUAACAACUCGUCUAAUGCUGCAGAUAGUUUUCUAAACAAAAUUUCAAAUAAAUUCAAUAGAAGCAAUUCGUUAGGGUAUUUGAAUGCCGCUGAAGAAAGUAGAUUCAGCAUCUCGUCUUUUUCAUCGAAGGAUGACACUUCUAAAAAUUUUGAAACUUUUGGUGCUAGAGAAGGAUCAAUUAACAAGUUUUCUAGGGACAACCAUUUGGAAGGUGCUGAAUAUUUGGAAGAAGUUAAGGACAAGCCAUCAAAAAUGUUUUCAACUGAAGAAGUUGAUUCAUCUUCUACGAUCAAUAACACGACGUUCACCAGUGUCGCUUAUUUGGCAGUGUCAACUCCCAUUGAUAAGAGCAAGCAUUUGAUUGAAGGAAAUAGAGAAGGAAGACUGGCAGUAUACCGUAACCCACCUCUAAAACCAUUCCCACAUUCACUUCACAAACAGCAGCAAGGUUCUUUUCAAAAUAUCGAUACUGAGCCGUUGCAGCAGCUGCCAAUUCAACAAACUUAUCAGCACCAGUUGAGGGUUGCUGAUCAGUCUAAUAAUUUAACACAGCAUCAAACUUGCCCUCGACAGAUCACGUCGAAUCAACAUCCUUCUCUCGAAAAAACAUUUCAAAUUGCACCAUUGGAUAAAGUUAAUCAUUUAAAUGUUUUACAACCUUGUGAUUUAACAUCAGAACAUUCCAGCCAACUGACGAAGAAGAUAUCACAUCCGACACCAGUGCAUCUACAGCAACUUCAACAGCAUGAACAUCAGUACAACUCUAGCAAGAAACACGAUUGUCUACCGCACACGCAACUUCUCAACAACCUCUACACCUACAAACAAAAGUUGACUUCAAUUGAUAAACAGAUGGAACACUGCUACUUAACUGACAUCAAUAUUGCUGAUAGUCACCAAGUCAUCAAACCAAACAGUGAAGCCGAACAUCAGAAGAGAGAGGAAACCAACAAAAACAAAAAGGGCCUCUCCAGUGAAGAAGUUUUCGUUUGAUGGCUUAAAGGCAACGCAGCAAAAUAUUUACUUAUUGUAAACUAAUAAUUUCUAUCACCCUCUUUAAUGAUUAUGAAUUAUUUGCAAUUGAAAGUUUAUUUAUACCAUGAAGGUUCUAAGUUUAUUUGUUAGAUUCCUUUAAAACAAAUCAUAUCACAAAUAAUAAUAUUUUCAUUUUAUGAUUUCUAAUGUUGCUGCUAAGUUAUUAUGCCAAACAUACUUAAUGAUUGUUAAAUUGAUUUUCUAAAGAAAAACAUACUUUUGAUGUUAUGGACUAUAUAUGUAAUGUUUAUGCUGUUCACAUACACACGCACAACACUCACACCCACACGCAUACUCACACCCACACAUAUAUGUAUAUAUAUUAUUUAUUGUAAAAUCUCCCUGCAUUUAUUUUGUCUGAGUUAUUUUUUGUUUUGCAACCGAGCUAUUUACACAAUCUGCAUUGCAAUGACAACCGAAUGCUGUGCACAUGGAUAUCUCAUUAGUUAAUGAUGACGGUCUUCCAUAAAAUCUUUCCUCUGAUUAAAAAUUGCUCUUGACGCUAAUUUUUGUAUCUUCAUCUUGCUUAGGUUGCGUGAUACUGCAUUGUUUGAUUAAAUUUUGCCAAUCAAAUCGAAUGAUAUUAUCAGAAUAUGUAUUUAUUGUGGUUUAUUUGCAAAAUGUUUUAUUAAUUUUUUCCAGUGUUUUUUUUAAUUUGUAAUGUUCUUUGGUACAUCGUGAAAGUAAAACAUAUACAAAUGUUGGGGGUGGAAAGAAUAUUCUAACAUUUGUCAGUGUUAUGGUUAAGAGCAAUUGUAACCAGUGUAUCGUUGAAAAAAUGUGACUAUUUUGAGUUUAUUUUCUGUAAAGAUUGACAAUUAUUGGAUGCAGGUUCUUAAUUAUUAUAAGAAUUGAUGCCAAUGUUUUACGAAUGUAUGUUAGCCUUUUGGCUGACUAUACUUGAUCAUAAUAGGAUGAGAAAUGAUGAUUCAAGCACUUGCAUGUAAAUAUAUUGCUUUUUUCAAAUGCAAACGCUCGUAACGUUUAGAAAUUUCUUCUAUUGACUCCUCAUGUACAGUGUUUUUAAUUUAUACUCACCUCAGCUAUUAAUCUAAUACUGACUUGAAAGUAUUUUCAUUGCUGAAUGUACACCGCUCAUAAAUUUAACAUUUUUGGUUGCUGCAAUAUUAAUGUUCAAAUGAUUA